AUGACAGGCGGUAAUCAAGAAAAUUUAAAUGAAAAACAGGAAGAUGAAUUCACUGAAGAUGAUCCAUUAAGAAGCCAAGAUGUUAAGGAAGUCUCACAACCAAGCGUAUGUGCUAAAUUCUGCCAUCUAAUCAAAAACAUGACAGUGGAAGCAAGUUUGUUAUUCCUCAUCAUGUCCAGUCUUAUUUCAAUGUUGACAACCCAAAACUUAAGCUUAGAAAAAGCUUGCCGCGUGAACUUAAAUUUUUCAGAUGAAAUCUGCACCUCCCUAAAGCUGCAAGAUGUCAACAGUCAGAAUCAGUAUGAAAAAGAGACUCAGAAACUGCUAGCGUCUGUAAUGGCUAAAAGAACUUAUAUUUCCGCCACGAUACCAUGCGUGAUCGCCUUAUUAGUCGGAGCAUGGUCCGACAAAACUGGACACAGGAAAGUGUUUCUGACAAUUUCAAUAUUUGGGCAAUUCCUGAUUACAAUUAAUAAUAUGUUAAAUGUUUAUUUCUUUCACGAGCUAAGCGUAGAAGUUCUCGUGUUCAGUGAAGCUAUUUUAGAAAGUUUUUCGGGUGGUUGGUGCGUAGGUAUCUUAACUGCCUUUUCAUAUAUCUCUGCAAUUACAUCCGAUGAAGACCGUACUUACAGAAUGGGAUUGUUAAACUUCUGUAUGACAGUUGGAUUUCCGGUUGGUAUGGGACUCAGCGGCAUACUCUUGAAAAAAUACGGUUAUUACGGAUCUUACGGACUAGCUGGUGCAAUUCACAGCUUGAAUGUUAUGUACAGCAUAUUUGUAUUGAAGGAUCCAAAAAGAAAUAAAGAACAAAAGAAGCACGAUAAACAAGGAAUACGCCACUUUUUUCGAACCUUCUUCGAUUUUGCCAACGUUAAGGAUACAGUAGGUGUUGUCUUCAAGAAAGCACCGAACAACAGAAGAGUCCGUCUUUGUAUUCUUCUGGCAGUAGUUACGGUUUUAUUCGGACCAAUGUAUGGUGAAGUAUCUAUAUUAUAUUUGUCGACCCGCUACCGAUUCAACUGGGAUGAAAUCAAAUUCAGUAUUUUCCAGACAUACAACUUUGUAACGCACACAGUUGGUACAAUUUUCUCGAUAUUAUUCUUUAGCAAAUACCUGAAAUGGGACGACUCAAUAUUGGGCAUAAUAUCGACGAUCAGUAAAAUAGCUGGAUCUUUCGUCUACUGUUUUGCACCGAACGAUAAAAUAUUCUUUAUUGCGCCUCUGGUUGAAAUAUUGAAUGGAACAGCGCUUUUGGCAAUGAGGUCUAUAUUCUCCAAGAUGGUGCAGCCGGAUGAACUCGGUAAAAUGAACUCAGUCGUGGGCUUGACCGAGAAUCUGAUGCCGUUACUAUACGUACCGCUCUACACUAAAGUCUACACGUCCACAAUGGAAGUUCUACCGGGGGCCGUGUUUCUGAUGGGCGCUCUCAUGACUCUACCAGCUGUUGGAGCUUUCAUAUGGCUAUUUGUCGAACACAGGCUAAGUCUAAGGAAAACGAAAUCCCAAAUCGAAAAUCAAUCUCCUGAUUAGUUUAAUAUUAGUUUUAAG